UUCCAUUCAUCUAAAGAUCAAAACCAGUCAAGACUCUACAGUAGUCUACACUCCUCCUCUUCCUCCUCCAUUGGACUUGCCGCCGGCGUCUCCCCCGCCAGACUACCGCUUUCUCUGCUCAUUUCACGAUGGAAUUGGGCCGGAGAUCUUCGAGCAAGGCGCUGGCGCCGGUUAAACCAAUGAAAAUGGGCGGAGUUGUGGACGAUAUUUUAAAGAAGGAUCCCAAAGCUUCGGACGCACUGCCUCUCCCUCUCUACCUCACCAAUGGGGUCUUCUUCACACUCUUCUUCUCCGUGGUCUACUUCUUGAUUACCCGCUGGCGUGAGAAGAUCCGUCACUCUACCCCUCUCCACAUCGUCGACCUCUCCGAGAUCAUCGCCAUCCUCGCUCUUGUUGCCUCCUUCAUCUACCUCCUUGGAUUCUUCGGAAUCGAUUUCGUCCAGUCCAUUCUUCGCCCUUCCACCGAUGUUUGGGCUGCCGAAGAUGAGGACCAGUCCAUCGCAGCUAAUGCUGGCCCACAAAAGCUUGAUGAGGAAGCCCUUCUGAAGGAGGAUUCUCGUAAAGUCCCUUGCGGCGCUGCGCUCGUGGACUGUCCGAUUCCCCAAGUCUCCCAGGCGAUCACACCACCGACCGAAGAGGACGAGGAGAUCAUAAAGUCGGUGGUGGAGGGGAAGACGCCGUUGUAUUCGCUGGAAUCGAAGCUGGGCGAUUGCAAGAGGGCGGCAGCCAUCCGGCGCGAGUCGUUGCAGAGGAUGACGGGCAAGUCGCUGGAUGGGCUCCCACUAGAGAACUUCGACUACGAAUCCAUCUUGGGUCAGUGCUGCGAGAUGCCGGUUGGGUACGUCCAGAUUCCGGUGGGGAUAGCGGGGCCGCUUUUGCUGGAUGGGAGGGAAUAUAUGGUGCCUAUGGCCACCACUGAGGGUUGCUUGGUGGCCAGCACCAACAGGGGAUGCAAGGCCAUCCAAUUGUCCGGCGGCGCAAACAGCGUUUUAUUAAGGGACGGCAUGACCAGGGCUCCCGUUGUCAGGUUCGCCACCGCCCGGAGAGCUGCCCAGUUGAAGUUCUUUCUGGAGGAACCGGCCAACUUUGACACCUUGGCCAUGAUCUUCAACAGGUCCAGUAGAUUCGCAAGGCUCCAGAGCAUCAAAUGUGCGAUUGCCGGAAAGAACCUCUACAUGAGAUUCUCAUGCAGCACCGGCGACGCUAUGGGGAUGAACAUGGUCUCCAAAGGUGUCCAGAACGUCUUGGAUUUCCUCCAGAACGAUUUCCCCGACAUGGAUGUCAUUGGCAUCUCUGGCAACUUCUGUUCCGACAAGAAGCCUGCUGCAGUGAACUGGAUUGAGGGUCGGGGCAAGUCAGUGGUUUGUGAGGUUAUCAUAAGCGGAGAUGUGGUGAGGAAGGUCCUCAAGACCAACGUGGAAGCCUUGGUUGAGCUCAACAUGCUCAAGAACCUCGUUGGUUCCGCCAUGGCUGGAGCUCUGGGCGGUUUCAAUGCCCAUGCCAGUAACAUCGUCUCCGCCGUCUUCCUAGCCACCGGCCAAGACCCGGCGCAGAAUGUCGAGAGUUCUCACUGUAUCACCAUGAUGGAAGCUGUCAACGAUGGAAAGGAUAUUCACGUCUCCGUCACCAUGCCCUCUAUUGAGGUUGGUACAGUUGGAGGAGGUACCCAACUUGCUUCUCAGUCAGCAUGCUUGAACCUGCUUGGAGUGAAGGGUGCAAACAGAGAGGCAGCAGGAUCAAACGCAAGGCUGCUGGCCACCAUCGUAGCUGGUUCUGUUCUUGCUGGGGAACUCUCUCUCAUGUCUGCUUUAGCAGCUGGACAGCUUGUCAACAGCCACAUGAAGUACAACAGGGCCGGGGCGACCAAAGACGUUCCCAAGAUCUCCUCUUAAGGGAACAGAAGUACUGAGAUCGAAGACCCCAAGCUCGAUCGAGGCUCCAAAUUAAGCCCUCGAUCGUAAAUCCUGUAAACAUGCAAAAUUAACAUGGACAUACAUAAACUGUCGAUUAGGCAGGGAUAGAGAUGUUUGGUACGUAGCAGAGACCCAUCAAAAGAUACAAGUUCAUUUGUUUUC